CCACUUCCCUCUCCUCUCCGUCACCGUUUCUUGCUCCGACUCGUCUUCCUCUGUUCGGUUCUGGGCUUCACUGGGAGCUUUGAGCUCCUUUUGCUGCCCUUUUCCUGAUUUUUAGAUGCCUUUUGCUCUCCAAAGUUGGUUGCUUUAUGUGAAGCACAAAUUUGGUCCCAAAGAUUCAAUCGCGACGGUCGGUGGGUUCGAUCCCAACCCUUCUCACCAUCAACCCUAACGCAUGGGGUUCUCCAAUAGGAUCUUGGAAACUAUUAUUCGCUAGUGAAGUCGACACAAUGAAUCACGUUUGUGUAAAAGAAGGUUCUUUUCUUGACUUCGAUUUUCUCCAGCAAAAAGAAAAAAAAAAGAUUGGACUUAAAUAUACUUUUCUUGACUAAUUACUUAAAGAUCCUGGCAUAAUUACUUGUGGCCUUGGAUAAUAUUUGUGAAAAAGAAGGUUAUUUUCUUGACUUCAAUUUUCUCCAGCAAAAAGAAAAAAAGAUGACACAAUGAAUCAGGUUGGACUUUGAGAAGUUUCCACUUUUCAGUUAAUACAAGGGUAUAUGCAAUAUGGCAUUUCUGAUAUCGAGGUUGGUUUAAGAAAGAAAAACUGCUUGCUUGGUGCCUCACAAGCUUAUAGGUUGGACGCCACUUAUAGAAUUGAAAAUAAUUGUGGAAAAAGAGGAAAUAAAUGUAAGAUUGAUUGCCAAGAUGGAAGCAUACCAACCCCUUUCCUCUGUGAAAGACCGAAGUGCUCUCAGAAUGAUAGAAGAUGCAGAGGAGAAGGGCCUGAUAACACCUGGAAUUACAACGUUGGUGGAGCCCACAAGUGGAAAUCUUGGAAUUGGUUUGGUGUACAUAGCUCUUCGGAAAGGUUACAAGUUCAUUGCAGUUAUGCCAGGUCAUUAUUCAAUGGACAAAAGGAUCCUAUUGAGAUAUUUGGGUGCUGAAGUGUCACUGACUGAUCCGAAAUUAGGCUUUCAGGGAUUGGUUGACAGAAUAGAGCAACUGAAGGAGAAAAUACCAAAUGUGCAUGUGCUUGAUCAGUUCACCAAUCCAGCGAAUCCCGAGGCACAUUUCACUGGAACUGGACCGGAAAUAUGGAAAGAUACAGCGGGCAAGGUAGAUAUUUUUGUAUCUGGUCCUGGCUCGGGUGGUACUAUCACUGGUGUUGCCAAGUAUCUCAAGAUGAAAAAUAAAGAUUUGAAAAUCAUUUGUGUUGAACCUACAGAGAGUGCAGUUAUUUCAGGUGGAAAUCCAGGCUCACAUAAUAUUCAGGGGAUAGGAGCAGGUUUUAUUCCAAAGAACCUGGAUACAUCUUACAUCGACGAGGUUAUCACUGUGUCCACUGAAGAGGCAAUGACACAGGCAAGAAGACUGGCAAUUGAAGAAGGAUUACUUGUUGGUAUAUCUUCAGGAGCCAAUUUAGCAGCAUGCCUAAAGAUCGCUCGUAGAGCAGAGAAUGAGGGCAAGAUGAUUGUCACAAUAUUCCCUAGUGGUGGGGAAAGAUAUAUGAGCACAGACCUAUUCGACAAAGUGAGAGAAGAAUGCAUGAAUAUGACUUACUGAAGGAUGGAUUCUUUCAGUAAAUUGUAAAGACAUCUACAGAUAUGUUGUAUCCUACACCAGUUUUUGUUUGAAGCAUGAUACUGAUAUACAACUCCAGUAGUAAGUUCAUACUUCCCCUAAUCUCUGUAUUGUGUGUUUCCAUGGUUGUACCUAGGAUUCGAUAUUACAUAUAUGAUUGGCAACAGGUAACAAGUGUCAGAUGAUGUCCUCAAACCAACUCCCAGCAUACAUCAUAUCAAUGUAAGUCUCUAAGAAUCUGAUUAUGAAAGAAUAUGUUGUAGUUUGUCA